AUGAGCGAAAACAAAGGUUGCCGGACUUUUUAAUCUAUCGCAUACUCUACCCAGCUCCAAUCAGAACGAUUCUCCCGCUCGAAUUUAAGUUAUCCCUGAAAUAAACACAGGAUAUAGUUCCAAUGUUUGCGCCCGAAACGGAAGAUAUGCUGCCGCGAUCGGCACCCAGACCCAGUGCGGCAGUGCCGAUGGGCCACAGCGAUGGCAUCAUCCGGCCAACCGUGCCGGAGGUGUCGAUUUUGUUUGGACAGCCGCCGCAGGAUCAGCAGAACUUACCCCAGCAGCCCACUAAUGAGCCGACGCCUCGAUCCGCACCCACCUUUGCCUCUUGGAAGAAACAGAUGCUACCUCGGGUCAAUUUCUCACCCGUCUUGGCCACUGAAUUGGGCCCGAGGCCCACCACAAGCCCUGCUCAUAGCAAUCCAGCUACGUCCUCCAAGGAGUAUGUCAUAAUUCCCAGAGAUCGUGGCUACGGGGACGAUUCUCCAUCGAGUGCCAAGUCCUUGCCCAGUAACACGGGGCCAGUUUAUGCCGAGGCCAAGAAGCAGUUCCAUCAACCCAGGCGCUUGUCCAGCGGCUCCACUUCCGAUGUCCUCACCAUUUGUGCAGGUACACAGACGGAUCUUCCCAAUCCCUCGCCUCCCCGGACCUUGCUUCCUUCAGUUGUGUACUCGGACAUCGACAUUAGCAAUUUGGCGCAUAAGAGCGACCUCGCAUCAAUGGUUUCUCUGCUGGAAUCCUUGCGUCAGGAGCAGCAGCAGCUGAGACGCCUCUGCGAGAAGAUGCUAGAGGAGCAGCAUCGAACAAAGGCCGAAAACAUAUCGAAUCCCACCAGAACUACUGCCACUCAGUGUAAUAUAUUAACCGCCAGUAGCGAAAAACGAUCAUCCCCGAUCAUACAGGACUACAUAGUCUUGGAUGAGGAGGAGGAACCCUUACCACAACCUGUCCGGCAGGCUCGAAUUAUUCCCCACUUCCAAUCGCCACGACCCACCCCGCCAAUGGCCCAAUCCACGGGUUACCGAGCCAAUACGCCGCAGGCCAAACGGAUUCCUCAGCUCGCCAAGCCAAACACUGAGAAGAGCAUGGUCAUGAAUGAGUUGGCGCUAAAGUACCUGCGACAGCCAGUGGACGAACUGAUGAAGGAUAUGCGCAUCGGGGCCUCACCGAAGUCCCCGAAUCCCGAACCUCUGCGUCCCAUCGACAACUUCACGCACUCCCACAGCCCAAAUGACCUAUCCAAUGCAUCGUACAAGUACCUUAAGAAGUACCGCCUGCUUCCUGAGGAGCAACUGGACUAUGCUGCUCGCGACCAGGUCGGUCCUCAAUCCCCAGUUACGGCUUCGUCAUCGCCUCAGAUUCAACUCGAUCUGGAGAACAUUAGAAACCAACCGAAGCUGCUGUAAAAAGUGUUUAUUUUUUUUUGUUAUUUAUGGAUUUGUGUAAUUCCUAUUUAAGUGGAAAUAUAUUUCAAUACACGGAA